AUGCCUUUAUCCCAAGAAAAGGCAGAACAGCUCGUAUAUCCGGACUCGAUUUUGCAGUGCGACUCCCACUCAUAUGGGGUCCAUGUCUUUUCGAGAAGUCCGUUAAUAAUAUACAUACCUGAUUUCCUUUCGAAAGCGGAGUCAAAGCAUAUGAUAGAGAUCAGUGAAGACAAGUGGCAGCCCUCGACAAUCUACAAAAACAAUGUCGAAAGUUCAGAUACCAGCGUCCGCAAGUCCGAAAAGGCCAUGAUCGAACGCGACAAUACGGUCCAAUGCAUCGAACAACGCGCUCUAGACUUCCAAGGCUGGCCUGUUGACACCUUCAUCGAACGCUUGUGGACACAAAGAUACACGACAUCUGGGCACUAUUCUCACCACUACGACUGGGCUUUUGCAUCAAAGACAGCACACCGUGUCAGUACAUUCAUGGUCUAUAUCGAAGCCAACUGCACUGGUGGAGGCACAAACUUCCCAUUACUUCAGAGACCAAAAGAUGAGCGCUGGUGUCAAUUCAUAGAUUGCGAGGAACCAGAAGAGAAUGGUGUCACCUUCUUGCCAAAAGCUGGCGCUGCUGUUUUCUGGGAAAACUUCGACGUUGACGGCAAGGGAUGGAAGCAGGGUCUUCAUGCUGGUAUGCCUGUACAUAGUGGAGUCAAGAUUGGCUUGAACAUCUGGAGCUGGUACCAGAAAGGUCAUCAGGAGGCUAUCAAGAACCAAGCUGCCAGUAAAGAUGAGCUUUAG